ACCCCUUCAUUUCCAAGAACACCUACUCAAAAAAUCAAAACAUGAAAAAUAGAAGGAGAUUUUUCAAGAAUCAGAUGCAAACCAACAAAAGCAAAGCAAAGUCUAGUACUAUAAUUUGCAAGAAGCACCCAAAACAUAAGCAAAAUCCCGGGGUUUGCUCCGUCUGUCUUAGUGAAAAACUCUCUCUGCUUUCAAGAACUUCAAGAAGUAACACGACAACGAUUACUUCUUCUUGUUCUUCUUCUUCUUUGUCUUCUUUGUCUUCGUCUUCGGACGUGUCCUCAUGUUCUUCUCCACCUCGUUAUAGAACGAGCACUAAUGUGCUCAUGAAGAGUAGAUCAUUGGCUUUGAUUAUGAGAAGAAGAGAUGGUGGAAUUAUAUUAGAUGAGAAUAACAAUGGGAAGAAAAAGAAAGGAGGGUUUUUGUCUAGAUUGCUAAAUCCAAUGAGAAAUAGAAAGGAUGAAGGCUUGGCACAUUCAAGAACAAUGAGAGAGAGGGUUAUAACAAGACUCAGAACUACUGCAGCAUGAGAUUUUUCUUUUUAAUUUAUUUUUUUCUUGUUUCUCUGUGAGAUAUGUUGUGUUAUUUUUAGUUUAGCUAGGUAGAUUACAGACAGAAUUAAGAAAAAGAUAAACCAAGAUAUAUAGGGGCACAUAUGUAUGAUACUAUCAGAAUUCAUGGGUGUGCUUGUAAGAAAAAGCAAUCACUUUUGAUCAAUCUACAACAUUUUCAGUUUUUA